CCGCAGCGCUGUCUGCUCGGCGGGCGGUGCCCGAACGCAGGUGCCGGCCAGAGCGGACCUAGUGGCGCCGACGUGCCGGGCCGGGCAGGGACCCGGGCCGGGGCGAACGGAGGGGCCUGUGCGGCCGCCCGGCCCGGCCGCGGAUCAGGCUCCUCUGACCAUGGGCCUCGGGCCCUGAGGAUACGGGGCUCCCUGUGGCCAUGACGACGGGUGACUGCUGCCACCUUCCUGGCUCCCUGUGUGACUGCUCUGGCAGCCCUGCUUUCUCCAAGGUCGUGGAGGCCACAAGCCUCGGUCCACCCCAUUAUGUGGCACAAGUGACUUCAAGGGAUGGCCGGCUCCUCUCCACUGUCAUCCGUGCCUUGGACACACCAAGCGACGGUCCCUUCUGCCGGAUCUGCCAUGAGGGAGCAAACGGGGAGUGCUUGCUGUCCCCAUGUGGCUGCACUGGCACGCUGGGCGCCGUGCACAAGAGCUGUCUGGAGAGGUGGCUUUCCUCGUCUAACACUAGCUACUGCGAGCUGUGCCACACGGAGUUUGCAGUGGAGAAACGGCCUCGACCCCUCACAGAGUGGCUGAAGGACCCGGGACCGCGGACGGAGAAGCGGACGCUGUGCUGCGACAUGGUGUGCUUCCUGUUCAUCACGCCGCUGGCCGCCAUCUCAGGCUGGUUGUGCCUGCGCGGGGCUCAGGACCACCUCCGGCUCCACAGCCAGCUGGAGGCCGUGGGUCUCAUUGCCCUCACCAUUGCCCUCUUCACCAUCUAUGUCCUCUGGACACUGGUCUCCUUCCGCUACCAUUGCCAGCUGUACUCCGAGUGGAGAAAGACGAACCAGAAAGUACGCCUGAAGAUCCAGGAGGCCGACGGCCCUGAGGGCCCCCAGCAUUCUCCGCUGGUGGCUGGACUCCUGAAGAAGGUGGCCGAGGAGACACCAGUGUGAAGGCUGGGCUCCCCAGGCCUUGCAGCAGAGACCCCAGAGGUAGCUGGCAAUGCCCUGUCCUGUGGAAGGAUGGAAACUGCCCAACACUUCCUGCACAGCCUGAAUGCUUCUUAGGCCAAGAGACACCACGCAGAGCCGAGUCUGUGAUCCUGUGUGAUGAUAUUUUCAGGUUUUUUUUUUUUUUUUGCACACUGUUGUUCGUGUCAAGGACAGGUACACGGUCCUGAGCUCUGGAUGGAGCAGGCACCCUGAUCUCAUGCUGAGGUCCACGUGGCACCUUCUGGGCCAGCAGCUGUGGCCAGUGUAUCAAGGGCACCCUUAGAGCUGGAAUGUUCCAGCAAGCUUCUUGCACUUCCCUGCACCUGGCAGGCUCACUUUCCUGGCACCCUCGACUUUCUAUAAAAGUUGCAUUCGUUUAAAAAACCCACCCCUGAAUGAAUAAAAGGAGCCCUGGCUGGACAAAAU